AUGGAAUUUAAAUUAAAAAAAUAUAUUGCUAAACUUGAAAUUACAGUAAAGAAUUUGAUUAAUAUUCUUAAUGAUAGCAAAGAAUAUACCUUAAAACAAGAAUAUUUCUCAGAAGCUAUUCAGAUUAAUAUUAAAAAUAAAUAUAAUAAUACUUUAAAAGUUAUAAAAAGCAAAUAUACAAACAAAAUCAAACAAGAAACAUUAAGACAAUUAAAGAGAAAAUAUCCUAAUGAAGUAAUUAGAAGAAAAAAAAUUAAAACAAGACAACCAAAAAUUAUUGUAUUAACAGGUGCUAUCGGUGUAGAAAAAUCAACAUUUGAAGAAAAAUUUAUGAUUUAUUUAGAAGAAAAAAGAUAUAAAAUUUAUCGUCCGGUUGAAGCAUCUUUAUUACUUGAUGAUGAAUUAAAGCUUUUCUGUAAAGAUUCAAAAAAUAAUGCUUUAUUUUUUCAAUAUGUGAUUCUUAAUUUCUACAAGAAACAAGCUGUGGAAAUUAAUAUGAUUGAUUUAUAUGAUUUUGUAAUACUUGAUCGAACACAUAUUGAUACUGAAGUUUUCAUAUUAAUGAAUACUGAAGAUGAAGAAGUUAUCGAUUUUUUAGGAAAAAAAAGACAAGAAAUUAAAAUAGAAAAUAUUAACAAAGUGCUUUAUUUAAAACCUACAGACAAAAAUAUGAUUAAAAGAUAA